CAGCUCAGACACAUUCCGCAGCGCUCCGCGCGGUGCGAGCCCCAGGAGCCGCGCGCCACCGGCCGGGGCCUAAGCAGCAAGAGGGAGCGCGCGGCGGACACGCGCAGCAGUAGGAAGAUGGCUAGAAGUUGAAACGCUAGUAGUGUUCCCUUGUGCAGUGCAGAAGAAUGAGCCAACAGUGGGAAAGAGUACACUAUAUUCUGAUUGGAUACAUUUGAAGAGGAUAAUUUUAGUCUUGUGGCAUGCUUCAGCAGGAACCAUACUAAAAACGAAGAUGGCUGGCUGUGGUGAAAUUGAUCACUCGAUCAACAUGCUUCCCACUAAUAGGAAGACAAAUGAGUCAUGUUCCAAUACAACACCUUCCCUGACAGUCCCUGAAUGUGCUAUCUGUCUGCAAACGUGUGUCCACCCAGUGAGUCUGCCUUGUAAACAUGUUUUCUGCUAUCUGUGUGUGAAGGGAGCUUCCUGGCUUGGAAAACGAUGUGCACUGUGUCGGCAGGAGAUUCCUGAGGACUUUCUUGACAAGCCAACCUUACUAUCGCCAGAGGAACUCAAAGUGGCGAGCAGAGGCAAUGGGGAAUAUGCUUGGUACUAUGAAGGUAGAAAUGGUUGGUGGCAAUAUGAUGAACGUACCAGUAGGGAGCUGGAAGAUGCCUUUUCCAAAGGUAAAAAGAGUACUGAAAUGUUAAUUGCUGGGUUUUUGUAUGUAGCAGAUCUCGAAAACAUGGUUCAGUAUAGGAGAAAUGAGCAUGGACGUCGCAGGAAAAUAAAACGGGACAUAAUAGAUAUACCAAAGAAGGGAGUGGCCGGGCUUAGGUUGGACUGUGAUUCUAACACUGUCAAUCUAGGAAGAGAGAGCUCUGCUGAUGGCGCAGACAGUACAUCGGCUCUGGGGGCUGCUGCUGCGCAGCCUCUAGCAUCCGUUUCUGCUAGACCCCUAACUUCACUAGAUGGUCAGCUGACGAGUCCUGCAACGCCAUCACCUGAUGCAAGCACUUCUUUAGAGAACUCUUUUGCCCACUUACAAAUAAACGGAGACAACAUGGCUGAAAGAAGUCAUAGGGGAGAGGGAGAGGAAGACCAUGAGCCAUCGUCUUCUGGUAGGGUGCCAGCCCCUGAUACCUCCGUUGAGGAAACCGAAUCGGAUGAUAGCAGCGAUAGUGAGGAUGUGUAUGCUCAACUUCAGCAACACACGUCCUCUGCCCAGCAAAGACACUUGAAUGCGAAUGCAAACCAAUCAGUAAUAGAGAGACCAGUGGCAGGGGGUGGGGCAGUAAGCACCAGUGUAAGAUCUAGAAGGCCUGAUGGACAGUGCACGGUAACUGAAGUUUAAAUUUAGAGCCAUGUGUUUUAAAAACUCAGUCCAGUAUCUGUAAAUUUUCUGUCCAUGCUGGCAUUGCACUCAAACCUAGCAGUGUAUUUGAAGUGGGAGGGGGGGAAAGGGGAGAAACAGAUUUGGCCUGUUAACUUAAAUUCUCAACAUGUCUCAGCUGGAAGACUCUUUAACUGUAAGAAACUGGGGUGUCUUGUUAAUGGUUUGAAAGCUACUUAGCAAUACCCAGUUUUCUUGAAAAUGUCUUUUGUGUUUAUUUUGUAGCAUUUUACCCCGUGGAGAUACUCAGUCCCUUUUUGGCCAAUGUAUAUCCACUGUACAACUCAGAUUGUCUUCAUUAUAUGACUGUUGCAUUAAGUGUCUUACUACUUUCUGCAUGGAUUGAUAUAUGAAAAGAACACUAAAGCAAUGUGGGAACAGACAAGAUAUUGGGUAUGAGCAGGAUGCUUAAUUUAAUGUGAGAAAAUAUAUGUGAGUUUGGAGUUAAGAUGUGUUUUAUUAGACAAAGAAAUCAUUUUUAUCUUCAUGCAAUGGAAAUGUAAAAAUGCUAUUAACUUUUGUUGAAAAUUCUUAUCUGUACACACUUCAUGGCGUUUUCAUUGGCUUUGCUGUCUAGUCCUUGUAGUUUGUUUUUGAGGUCUUUGUUGAUCUGUCUUGUUUUUGUUACAAAAUUUAUAAUUUAAUAAAAACUACACUUUAACAAUC